CACAAUUUUGUUUGCGUAUCUGUGGUAUCAAAUCCAGGCAACACAUAUUGGGCGCCGGAAGCACCCAAACACACUGAUCUGUGGAUCUACCGAUAAUCACAACAAUUUUAUAUUUCAAAUCGCCAUCAUGGAGGGCCUGAGACACAUGCGAAAGCAAUCCGCAUUCGUUCCUGAACCCGAAUUGACAGAAAAGAAUCUCCCCGAUCAAGCUGGACGAGUAUGCAUCAUUACGGGAGGCUACGCUGGGGUCGGUUUUGAGCUCAGCAAGAUUAUCUAUGGCAAGAAUGGCACCGUCUACAUCGCUGGACGGAGUGCCGAGAAGGCCGAGAAGGCGAUGUCUGCCAUUAAGGCAGCCCUGCCUUCCAGCACCGGCAAAGUCGAGUUUCUCAAGGUCGACCUUUCAGACUUAUCCUCGAUCAAACCCGCGGUCGAAUCAUUCAACAGCAAAGAGUCGAAACUUGAUGUUCUUAUCAAUAAUGCUGGUGUCAUGUUCCCCCCUGCCGGCGCCAAAGACAGCCACGGGCAUGAGCUGCAGAUAGGAACCAACUGCUUGGGUCCGUUUCUGCUCACUAAGCUGUUGACACCCGUCCUGGAGCGCACAGCGAAGGAGGCUCCUGCCAACACUGUCCGUGUCGCGUGGGCGGGAUCUAUCGCCGUGGACGUCGUCGCACCCAAGAAUGGCCUCACUAUCGAUGCAGCAGGCGAGUUCAUUGCCGACAAAUCCAAUGCUACCAAUUAUGGUUGUAGCAAGGCCGGCAAUUACUUUCUGGCUUCCCAGUAUGCAAAGCACUAUCCCAUUGGCGCAGACGGCAAGGGCGUGGCGAGCGUUGCAUUCAAUCCUGGUAACCUCAAGACGGAGCUCACGCGUCAUACGCCAGUCUGGCAGACCGUGUUCCUGAACCCCUUCCUCUAUUCGGCUAUUUACGGUGCCUAUACCGAAUUGUUCUGCGGUUGGUCUUCGGAAGUCACGGCAGAUAAAAAUGGCUCAUAUGUAUGGCCUUGGGGUCGAUUUGGUCCUGUACGCAAAGAUGUGGAGCAGCAGACCCAAGUGGGUGGAAACGCCGAGAAGUUUUGGAAUUGGUGCGACAAGGAGACUCGCAGCUUCGCGUGAUAUUCUCUGCGCAAGUCUGAGCGCUGUGGAGGUCGUCCUCGCCGAUUUAUCCUAUGAGAGCUCAAAUAAUAUACCCGUGGACAUAUAUAGGUCCAUUUGCAAAACAUUGAAAUCAUAUCCUGCGUCCGCGAAUAGUUGGCUGUGGAUGACAACCGCAUUGUCAGCUCAUGAAUAUCCUGCCCCCGAGAUAGUCGAUCUUGCUCUCGAUGCU